CAUCACCGCUCGUACUUAUCGCCACUCAUACUAUCAGUACACGUCCAACAUGACCGCUCAUCUAAUACCUGUCCCCUCUAACGCUUCCUUUUGGUCUGACACUCUUUUCAACGUCACGGAGCCGGUCACUCUCACGGCGGAACAAUUUGAUACCUAUUGGCCACUGAUCAGCACUGUCUACACGAAAAUUGGUGGCCUCUUACUGCAACGUGGUGGUACUGUAGAAGUACAGAAAUAUGAAUGUCGUUUAAGGAAGAGUAAAAAAGGAAGAAAAGCACCUUUACCAAGGGGUGAUGGAGUAAGGAAAAGACUUCGCGAGGCAGCAAUCCGGAAACCAGGCCUGUGCAAUAUGCGCAUCAAAACAACACGCACCACCGCCGAACCGAUUACUAUUACAAUCGAAAGACUCGAUAACGAAGAACAUCAACAUACACUAGAGCGCAGCCGAGAAAUUGCACCUUCGGCCUUAUCCCUUCAACUGGCGGCUGUAGAGUUGUCCAAAGGAUAUCCACCUGCCCAAGUUCUGAACGCGUUGAAAGGGGUCGGAACUUCGGAGGGAGAUGCGUGUCUUAUUGAAAUUGGAGGAAAACAUAUAAACAGGUAAGUGAUUUUUAUAUCUUAACUGAGUUUUUAAUAAUUAAAUUUAUAUUAGAAAACUCAUCUACGACAAAGCGCGUAGUUUAUCACAAGCCGACGAACGAACAAAAUCAUCGAACAGUGGUGGAGAAUUGGAUGGAAGUUGUCACGAAGUAGUUGAACCCCUUCCAAAUGUAUUACCGGCGCAAAUUGUGAAGGAAAACGGAAGACCUUGGGAAUUGUACAUAGAUAUGAUGGAAGUUCAUGACAGACAACUCCGUUGUUCUGGUUUGUUACGCGAUCGUUUCGUUUCGCCGGGCGUGCAGGAGUUUCGUUCGCUGAACGUUCAGUAUGGCUUCGUUUCGUUUCGCUGAGUGUUUCGUGGUCUCGGUUACCUAGUAUUAGAGAUGAUCUUAAUGAGAGUGAAACUCAAAUAUUAACCGCUCGAUAGCACGAUAAAUCUGUGGUAGUG